CCCUUUUUCUUCUCUUUCUUUUUUAUGUGUCUUUUUUUUCUUCUAAAGAUGAAGAUAAAAUAGAAAGAGAAAGAAAGGAAAGAGAGAAGAAAAAAAAAGAAGAAGGAAGAUGAAAGAAAAGCUCUUCAAGAGUUCGUUUAAUUAGUUGAUUUCUGUUUUUAGCUUGAACUCUGUAAGUGCGUGUAUAUGUUAUGGUGAAUUCUUGGUGUGGCUCUUGUACAUUAAUCUACUUGUAAUUUUCUACUCAGAAUUUUUGUUCUCUUUUACAUGAAAAUUUCCAUGAUUUGGAUUAAUUGUGAUUAGAUUUCCGUGUCUUGGUGAUUCUUUAGUUACAAUGUUAACAAUUGACCAAUUUGUGUUCUCAACUUUACUGUUUGUUAUUUUUGUACCAACGGUUAUUUUCACACAGGAAUAUCCAUAUCAACUAAACAACAAUGAUUUAGAUGAACAAGUAACUAGAUCCAAUAGAAGGUUGGAAAGGUUAAAUGGUGGAUCACAACAAAGGGUCAAUAGGCCAACUUAUAGACCAUUUGAUUGGAGCUCAAGGUACAAAGAAGAAAGAUUCCAAUCUCCAGUAUCGACACAAAAUCGAACGGUAACUACUUCGGUUAAUCGUACAGUUACUAAUCGUACUUGGGGAACUGAUUCUAAGCCUGUUCAUUGGGUUGAUCGAUCUUACCAUUGGUCAUCAUUGUCUUCGUCUAAUUCAACUCGUGGUUAUGAUGCUGAUCUUGAUGGUACAACAUUAGCACCAGACGAUGAUGAUAUUUGGAUUCCACCCCCGGGAAAUUAUUAUAUCACAGAUGAAGAUAUUCCUCAUCCAUGGUCAUUCUAUGGUUCUACUUCUUGUGAUAGGAAUAGUUGUUCACCUCCAACUGGUGAUUUAUUAGUUGGACGUGAAGCAAAUUUAAGUGCAACCUCAACAUGUGGACUCAUUAUCCCCGAAAAAUACUGUAUCUUAGGAGAUACAUUGAAGAGGAAAAAGUGUCACACUUGCGAUUCUCGUGAAGUAUCAAGGAUGAGAAAGAAUCCACUGAAAUAUCAUGGGAUCGAAAAUGUUGUGUCAAAGGCAAAUGAAGAUUAUCGUAAAUUCUGGUGGCAAGCGGAAAACGGAGUGGAAAAUGUGUCCAUUCGACUUAAUCUUGGAGCCGAAUUUCAUCUUACUCACAUCAUAAUGACCUUUCAAACCUUUCGUCCAGCAGCCAUGUUGAUUGAACGAUCAUCUGAUCAUGGAUUGACCUGGAAAACUUACCAGUACUUUGCUUCUGAUUGUGGUCGAGAAUUCUCGUUCGCAAGGGAAGGUCAAAGACGAAGCUUAAAGGAGGUCAUUUGUGAAUCUCAAUAUUCCGCAGUGACACCUUCUUAUCAUGGAGAAGUUAUUUUCAAAGUUCUUCCUCCCAAUAUCCCGAUCGCUGAUCCAUAUGCCGAUGAAGUUCAAGAACUUCUCAAAAUGACCAAUCUAAGAAUCAAUUUCACUAAACUGCACACUUUAGGAGACGAUGUUCUCGAUCCUCGGCCUGAGAUGCGCCAGAAAUAUUAUUAUGCAAUGAUGAACAUGAAAGUUCGUGGUAGUUGUUCCUGUUAUGGUCAUGCCAGUCGAUGUGUUCCCGACGACGGUCAACCUGCUAUUCCUGGAAUGGUUUAUGGCAAAUGUGCUUGUGAUCAUCACACCACUGGACCGAAUUGUAAAAAGUGUGAACCAUUUUAUCAAGAUGCCGAAUGGCAACCGGCGAUCGGAAGACAAACUAAUGAGUGCAAACGUUGUAAUUGUAAUAAUCAUGCAACAGCUUGUCACUUUGAUCGCAAUUUGUGGAUCUCCUCAGGAAACAAAAGCGGAGGUUUUUGUGAUGAUUGUAAUCACAAUACUCAAGGAGUUCAUUGUGAAGAAUGUAAAGCGACAUUUUAUCGAGAUGAAAAUCGUCGGAUUGAUGAUCCUUAUGUUUGUAUUCCUUGUGAUUGUGAUCAAAGUGGUACAACUGAUGAAGGUUUUUGUGAGACUAAAACUGAUCCAUCUCUUGGUACUGUCGCUGGUCAAUGUCACUGUAAAGAAAAUGUUAAAGGCCGAAGAUGUAACGAAUGUAAAACUGGAUUUAAGAACUUCUCUAAAGACAAUCCACUUGGAUGCGAAGCUUGUACUUGUAAUACAUUGGGUACAGUUCGUAACCAAGGUUGUGACCCAAGAACAGGUGAAUGUGCAUGUAAAUUGAAUGUGAUUGGUCGCGAUUGUAACUCAUGUGCCAAGAAUCAUUAUGGAUUAGAGUUAUUCGAAGACGGAUGUCGACCUUGCAACUGUGACCCUGGUGGAUCUUAUAGUUUACAAUGUGACAUGAGAACUGGACAAUGUCCUUGUCGUCGAAAUGUAACCGGUCAAAGAUGUGACACAAUUGAAUCAGGAUUUUUUGUUCCAUCUCUCGAUGCAAUUAUUUACGAAGCAGAAAAAGCUGAUCACUCAAAUAAUGUUAUUCCAAUGACGAUGCCUGUAGUUCCAAGUGAACAGCAAAGAUGGACUGGUGAUGGUUUCGUUCGUGUCUACGAAAAAUCCUUCAUCGAUUUCGCUAUUAACGUUCCCCAAUCAUCACGUUAUGAUAUAAUCGUCAGGUAUCAACCCCCUGAACCCAUUUGGAGUCAAGGAACUAUCCUGAUAGAACCUUUAGCGGGAGGUGUUGUACCCAAACCUGGAUCACCAUGCGAAAAGACCUUCGAAUACGGUGCACAAAGACUACCAUUCCAGUUCGAAGCUGGUCGAGUUUACACUAAAAUUGGUCCUUAUUGUUUCGAAAGAGAUGAAAAGUAUCGAAUUAAGAUUGAUGUUGGUUCAAGAAAUGGAGGCUAUGAGAACUCAACAAUUUCUGUUGAUUCGAUCGUAUUGAUUCCAGUAUUUACUGAUUUCGAAAUAUUUUCUGAUCCUUCAAGUGAACGUCAACUCGAGGAUUACAGAAGAAAUCGAUGUGAGGAAUACUUGUACACGAUGUUAGGCUAUUCUAUACCAGAUCAAUGUAAACGAUAUUACCAAUCAAUGGCUCUUGCGAUGUACGAUGGAGCUCAAUCAUGUUACUGUGAUGGAACUGGAUCAAAGUCGACAAUUUGUUCACCUCUUGGUGGUAAAUGUGACUGUCAAAGUAAUAUUGUUGGUCGUCGGUGUGAUUCUUGUGCCUUGGGUUUCUAUCAAUUCAGUCGUGAAGGUUGUUUACCUUGUGAUUGUCACUCUUCGGGUUCAGAAAAUUUCAUUUGUGACAUAAACUCAGGUCAAUGUAAAUGUGGACCUAAAACUUAUGGUCGCCAAUGUGAUGAAUGUCAACCUGGUUUCUGGAAUUAUCCUCAAUGUGAGAGAUGUGAUUGUAAUGGUCAUGCCGAAAUUUGUGAUUCUAAAACAGGAGCUUGUCGAGAUUGUCUUGACUUUACUGGUGGUCAUCGAUGUGAAAAGUGUGUCAAAGGCUAUUAUGGUAAUCCAUUGAAAGGAAUCGAUAUUCCUUGUAAACCUUGUCCAUGUCCAGGUAUUCCUGAGUCUGGUAAUUUCCACGCUGAAUCAUGUCAACUCGAUCCAAUGACAAACUCGCCUCGAUGCUAUUGUAAGAUUGGCUACAUUGGUGAAAGAUGCGAUCAAUGUGAUGAAAAUUAUUUCGUCUCCGACACUCCGAUAAUCAGUGAAACUGGAACUCUCGAGAUCAACAAAUGUCUUCCAUGUAAUUGUAGUAAUAACAUUGACAUUUCGACUCCAGGUAAUUGUGACCGACGAACUGGUGCUUGUCUCAAGUGUUUAUACAACACCGAAGGAGAUCAUUGUGAACGAUGUCAAAAAGGUUUCUAUGGAAAUGCCAUCAACAAACAAUGUUUAGAAUGCGAAUGUUCAAUUGAAGGAACUAAUAGGACAGGAGAGGCUUGUAAUCAUGUAACUGGACAAUGUAAUUGUUUACCUGCGGUAACUGGCACUCGAUGUGAUAAAUGUGAAAUCAAUCAUUGGAAUAUAUCAUCGGGUGUUGGUUGUGUUCCAUGUGGUUGUGAUCCUCAAGGUUCAUUCAAUUUGAGAUGUUCUGAGUUUGAUGGUCAAUGUUCAUGUCGACCGGGACAUGGAGGAUUAAAGUGUAACGAAUGUCAACCUAAUCAUUGGGGUGACCCAAGAAUCAUGUGUUAUCCAUGUGAAUGUGAUCCAACUGGAUCAGCAAGUCUACAAUGUAAUAAACACGAUGGUUCUUGUAAUUGUCUCAAGGGAAUUUCUGGUAAAAAGUGCGAUCAAUGUGCUCGUGGUUACUUAGGAAGUGCACCAAGAUGUGAAUCAUGUGGUGAAUGUUUCGAGAACUGGGAUGCGACUAUUCAACAAUUGCGAGAUGAAACAUUAAGAUUGAUUGAAAGAGCAAGAAAGAUUAAACAAACAGGAGCCUCAGGAGCUUAUGGUAAAUCAUUUGUUACCCUCGAAAAUGCAUUAAUUGAUGCUGAGAUUUUAAUUUCUGGAUCUAAUGUAACGGAUGCUGAUAUUGGAUCAGUUAAUCAGACUAUCAAAGAUCUUCAGAAGUUGGUUGAAUUGUUGAAUGAGAAAAUUUCUGCUGCCGAAAAAGAUACCGAGCAAACCGUCCAACGAACAGCUCGAGCCAAUUUACGUCUCGACGAGCUUAAAUUACUUGCCAAAGACUUGGAAGGUCAGAACAAUUUGCUGAGGGAAAAUACAACUAAAUUAAAGGCUGACGAUGUUCGUAGUGGGCUUAACCUAUCAGAAGAUGCUGCUAGAAGAGCCUCGAUUGCGGAUAAACGUGUCGAGGGAAUUUUACCUGAUAUCUAUAAGUCUAAGAAUUUGAGAUAUUCAACUGAGAAAUUGAUCACAUCAACUAAUUUUGACCAUGAAAGAUCAAUGGAAAACAAUCGAGGAUCGUUAGCUAUGAUUUCGAAAAAGAUUAAAGAUCUUGAAGAUAAUAUUCCCGAUAUCAACAAAAUGAUCUGCGGGGGAAGAUCAACGAUCGAUAAAUGUGAUUAUACUUGUGGUGGUGCAGGAUGUUCGAAGUGUGGAGAUAUUUCUUGUGAUGCAGCGACAACUAAAGCUCAAUCAGCGUUGAAUUAUGGUCAAGAUGCGGAGAAAAAGUUGAAAGAACUUCGAGAAAAAGGAGAAGAGGAAAUGAGAAACAUCGAGGAAGCUCGAAGACGAAGUGACGAAGCUCUUCGAGAAGCACAAAGAGCUUAUGAUCGAGCAGUUGCAACCAAGAACAAUUCGGAAGCAAUGAGCAAAGAAAUCCAAGAAUUGUUCAGUCUAAUCGAUGAAUUUAUGGCCGCACAAUCAGCAACACCCGCAGCGAUCAGAACAGUUGCUGAAAAUUGUUUGAAAAUUCAAAUUUCACUUACUCCUGAUCAGAUACUUGAUCUUGCGACCAAAAUCAAUGCUACUUUGAAAAAUGUUACUAAUAUCGAGGAAAUUUUAUCGGCAACCGAGUUCAAUUUACGAAAAGCUCAAGCUCUCGAGCUUGAUGCCAAUGUGACCAAGAACAGAGCUGAUGAGAUACUUGGAAUGGCAAGAGAAGUUUUAAAUGCUUUAGCAAUCGCCCAAGAAGCACAAAACGAAGCCGCUAAUUCAAUUAAAAACGCUAAUGCUCAGUUCAAUGAUGCUCAGGCUGAUUUAGAUCUUAUCUCAAGUGAAACUGAUAAUAUCGGUCGACAAUCAGAACAAGCUCAGGGUAAACUUGAAGAGUUACAGAAAAAAUUGGAUGGACUUCGAAUCAGUUUCACCAAAAACACUUAUGCAGUUACUCAGGCAUCGAAAGAGGCAGGAGUCGCUGGUGACAUGGCCAAAAUGGCAGAAAAUGAUGUCGAUGGUUUAGAGAAAAAAUUCGAAGAAGCCAAACGUAAAUUGGCCCAAAAAGAGGAAGCCUCUGGUGUACAGAAGAAACAAUCCGACUCAAUUCGAACUCGAGCAGAGAAAUUAGCUAAAGAUGCUGGAGAGAAACUCAGAGUUCUUCAGGAUAUCGAAGAUAAUUUCACCGAGAAUGAAGAAAAUCUAAACAAAUAUGCAACCGAAAUCGAUCAAAUGAAUCGCGAUAUGUUAAAUUAUCUCACCAUAAUUGAAACUCGAUCAGUUUUCCAUAAAACCUGCCAAACAUAAUAAUUAGUUUUCACAUAAAAAAUCUGCAACAGAACAAAUAAUCAAACGGAAAAGGAAAUUAAUCGAAAACAUAUGAAAUAGCAACUUAAUUGUUUAUCAUUUCUAUCAAUUUAAUGGUAAACUUGAUCACUUAACAAUCAAUUAUUAAUAUAAUCAAUUAAUGUAUAUCGAUAACAAUUCUACUUUAAAAUAUCAAACCAAAUCUUUAAUCUUAAUGUUUUGAAAAAUAUUUCGCUCGCUAUUUGUAAAUAAAUUUAUUUAAAAAAGAUAA